AUGUAUAAAGUUUACACAAGAUCACAGAACUAUUUUAAUGGCAAACAGCAAGUGACAAAUUCACUAUUUGGUCCGAAUAAUAUCGGACAAGACAUACAACGUAUCCAUGCAACGACGACUCUUAAGUUUCCCCCUGCCAUGGCUUUAAAAUUACCUACAAAUGUUGAUUUAAAUGCAACAGAAGUGAGCAGAUUUUCGCCUCAAAGAGAAAGAGACAUAUCGGGCCCAGUUAUAAAUUUUUGCUACAAGAAGCAAAAAGCUUUUGGAAAAAUUGACAUUACAAUACAAGCAGAUCCCCAUGCCAAUAAAUAUGACUGUCGAGGUGCUGUCAGUCUUAACUCCUCAAUGCAAAGUAAUGUUCCCAGUCCAUUUAGUGGAAAUCACACCCAUCUGAAUAUGCCUGGUUCACAGUGGGGUCAGGGGCAUAAAUACCUGUCAAGUAAUUUACAAAGUGCUCAUUAUUUGACCUUGAGGAAUGAAUAUCGGGCAAAAGCAAGGAAUGACGCUGUUGCAAUAAGGCAUAUGAGUUCAAAUAUGCCCCAACUGACGAAUAAAGAAAAAUUGAAAAAGGCUAUAAAAGAGUAUGGCUCAACAGUGAUUAUAUUUCAUAUUGGCAUCUCCCUGAUUUCUUUGGGGAGCUGUUAUCUUCUUAUAUCUAGUGGCGUGGAUUUAGUAGAAAUACUAAAGUACUUCAAUAUUAAUGAAGGAACAAUAUUGAAUGCGGCUGGAUCGAAUGCAGGCACAUUUGUAAUUUCAUAUGCAGUACAUAAAUUUUUUGCUCCAGUCAGACUUGGAUUGACCAUCACUGAGAAAAGAGAAAAGAACGAAAAGCUUCAAACUCCGAAGCACCACAUCAGCGACAAAUUCUUCAACUCUUCAACGAUCUUCAUUCGGUUCUAA